AUGGAAAUGACUAAUGAGAGAGGGAACCCCAGCAGUAGAAAAGGAAGCAACAGAUGGGGCUCCUCCUUCUUUCGCAUUUUGAACAUAGCGUUCAUCGGAUUGCUCAUCCUGGCAGUGGAGCACGGAGAGACUUAUGAAAAAGGAAAGGCAAGGCGAUUAGCUUGUCCGAAUUCUUCCAAAACAUCCCCUGGAGGAGGGGGACUCAGCGUGACAGAAGAAAAUGGAAGCCUCUUUGACUCUGCACAACUGGAAAAUAACAAUCAGAACAAUAAUUCAAGUCAGGACAUGUAUGGAUUGUCUCAGCUGCUGUGUAGGAAUAACAAGCGUUUUAUUAGAAACAGGAAAAAAGAAGGAAGAAGUGCUGAGUUUACGAACGAAGGUGGUAGUAGUACCCAUACUCCAUCCAUCUGUUGGGAUGAUGGAGUUGCGACAACAUCAUCAGGAGAAGCUUUAGAAGAAGCACACGAUGAAAUUGAACCGAGACGAAAUAGAUUCAUCCAAAAGGGAUAUUUUGAAUAUAUGAAUCAUGCACAGGAAUUAUCAGAAACAGAAUUCAUAGAAAAGAUUUCCAACCUAGGUGAUUAUGCAGACCCUGAAGAAAUGAGUUCCAUUUUUUAUUAUGUACAUACAAAUGAGAGGAAAAAAUAUUUCGUAAUGCAAGAAAAUGUUAUUACUCAUUGGGAGAAUCUCUGUCACAAUUAUAACGUAAAGGAGGAGUUUAAAAAUGAACAAAUGAGGAGUUUAUAUGAGGAAAGUACCUACUUUUUUCUCUUUAAAGAGAAGCAAUUUCUUAAAAGUUUUAGUAAGUUUGUUCGUUUUGGAAGGUACAACUCGAGGAAGUUUAUUGAUGGGUUAGUUAGUUACAAGCGUUUGUGGAAGGAAUACAGGAGGAUGGUAAACAACUUUUGUAGCGCCAAACUGGAUGAGGUGUUGAAGGCAUACUGGGAGGAAAACAGGGAGGAGGCCUCACAGAUGCGCAUCCAGUACUGA